GGGCUGCUGUCCGUCUGUGGACGCUCCGGGACGGCCGACAAAUGAUGUUGCAGCCGGUUAAAACCACAGGCAGUUGACAAGUGGAAGCGAUUUAGCGUGAUUAGGUCAAUGUUCUGUUUUGAAGAUGGAAGAGAACACCGAGCUCGCGGUUGCAUGCAGGGCUCUCGGUGACUGCGAUGGCUUUCACGUCAACUCUACAGACUUUGUCGAGACUUUAGAGGCGAGCUUAUAUCUGAGCACAGGAGGAGACGCAGACCUCUCUUUGGCCUCAGGUGACAGAGUUUCCACGGCUGGAUUGAGCGCCGAACAUCUCAGCAUCCCCGGAGCGGCGGCUGAUGCCGCCACUGUCCAAACUGCUGCAGCAGACACAGGCAACAUCAGAGAUGAGCUGGAGGACUACAUGGAGGAAAUCUGGCGAUGGGAUUGGGCCAAAGACUCAAGGAUUGAAAGGAUUUGUUCGAGUACAGAUGCAGCGUGCAUUUCUGGACUGAUGGAAAACACUGUAACUCAGUCACUUUCUUUAUGCAGACUAGAUGGCCGACAAACUGCUGCGCAGGAUGCAUCAGUUGACUUUUCCCAUUUCUGUGGUGGGGCGGAUGUUCCCACACACCCGAUGGAAAAUGAUUCUUGGACUGGGUAUAGUUCAGGUGUGAGCAGCACUAACAGUGCAACACAUGCUGAAAACAAUGUGGAUUUAUACUGGGAUGCCAUGAUGCAGGAAAUGGAUCUGGAGUCUGACUUUUAUCUACCCGAAAAUUUAGAAAAUCUAUUGGACUCUGUGAAUUAUGAAUAUUUAGUUGAGAACCUCGACACUAAUAUGCUCCUCGAUGGUGAUCCAUGGUUCAAUGAAACGGAAUCCAGCUUUUGCGCAACAGAGACUCCCGACCCUUUACCAAAUCCCCAGCCGAGAAACAAUAUUGAAAUAAACAGCAAAACAAAAGACAGGAGAAAAAGACGGAGAGCUUCUGAUGCAGAAAUGUUCAGUGGUGAAAACAAAAGAGCAAAGAGUGAUGAAAACAAAAGCACAAACAGCCACAGAGCAACAGGUCGAUCAAGAACUAAAAGGCCACAGGCUGAGCUCGUUGCUGAAGGAACUGACAGAGAUUCACUUCCAGUAGCGACUCCAUCCAUCACGCCGCCCAAACCCCUUCAUGUCUAUACAUCCCCAUCGGCUGCUCCCAUCCCCAUUCAGCUUAUUCCCCUCCCAAAAAGUCCAGAAUAUGGAAUUUUCCAAACCUCUCCACCCAAGUUUAUUAGGCUAUCACUCCCCAACACUACUGCAGCUCCUGCCUUUAUAUUUGUCCCUGCUCCCUCAACACCUCCGAAACAAUAUGUGUCACCUCUUUCUCCAGUGGGUGGUGCCACAGCACCUGUCCAGAUGAGUUCAUCCCCACCAGGAUCUCUGUCAGACUCUACUAGCAAAGCUAUGUCCCACCCCAGUGUCUCACCUGUUCACCCCAGUCGCAUGACUUCCCCUUCAAAGGAAACACCUCCCUCUCAGUCUUCCACAGUCUUCGAAAUCCCACAGGUUGUAAAGGACUACAUUCAUGAAGCGAAAGCUCAUGUUGGUGAGAAGGUGGAGAUGGACCUCAACCAUUAUGUGGACAUGCAAGUGAGCCAGAAACAGUUUCCUCAGUCGGGGAAAAACUCAAAUAAAUGCCCAAUAAAGGAACUGGUCAUCGCAGCUGAUACAGAUAAGCAAAAGAACUCGCUUGAACUGAGUCAGGUCUUUGGAGGCUCACAUGAAGGCAAAUUCAAACACUACAUUUUACUGGUUGGCAAUACCGGAAUGGGUAAAACCACCCUGAUAAAGAAGCUGUGUCUUGAUUGGUCCAGGGACUGCAUUCCCCAGUUUGACUUUGUCUUCUUAUUAGAUGGCAAAGCACUCAAUGCCACAGAGCCAAUCUGCAGCCUUCAGACCCUCCUGCUCAGCCUCUCCACCUUUGCUCCUUCCUGCCUAGACCCCGAGGCAAUAUACACUCAGAUUCUUGCAGCCCCUCAACGAGUGCUCAUCAUUUUUGAUGGAUUCGAUGAGCUGCGGGACUAUGAAAGCCUACUCCAGCCUCAGGAAAAAGACUUGAUCGCAUCAUUGCAGAAAGACAGUAAGGCGCAGGCCUUCACUGUUCGGCAGCUUUACUCUGCUAUCCUUCAGAGAAUCUUACUUCCAGGUUGCACUCUUCUACUCUCCAGCCGGCCAAGAGGCACUGCCAGCCAGCUGCUCCGGCGUGCAGACAGCCUUGUGGAGGUGUGUGGCUUCACCUCGACAAAUGUAGAAACGUAUUUUUCAAAAUACUUCACCGAUCCUGCACUGAGAACUUCUGCGCUACACUCCUUAAGAAGCAGCACCUACCUGCAUCUCCUCUGCUGGAACCCGGGACUGUGUCAAAUGGUGUGCUUGGUCUUGGAGGAGUCAAAAUCUUUGGAGGUUCUACCAAGAACUUUAACUGGGCUGUGUCAUCAAGUGCUUUGUCUGAAACUCGAGACAGACCGUAGAAGCACUCAAAGUUCUGUCAAAUGUGCAAAUGAAAUGCAGACAAAAGUUUCAACUCAUUCUGAGGAGACAAGGCUUGAUGGAAAUAAUGUUACCUCGUCCAGAACACACACGGCUCCUUUGUCUUGCUCCCGUAGAGCAAACAGGGCAAAAAAACGUAUGAAACAUGCAGACGCAGUGGACGAAAGCAUGGAGAAUGCUAAAGUGAAAGAAAAUGAAGAUGAGGAAAAAGAGCUGCUAUUCCAGCUCAGCCUUUUGGCUUGGGAGGGGAUCAAAGCCAACACCUCCCUGCUUCCCACAGGACUGUCCAUAUCUGAUAAAGUAAAGUCUUUUGGCCUCAGGACAAAACUCCUUCUCUCUCAGCAAAACAGGGCAAGGUCGUGCAUAUCAAGAGAUGAUAUACAAGGAGGAAAAGAUGAAGUGAAACAAGAAGGGGAUGAAAGCAUGAAUGACCAUGAUGGCCACAUUCUGUUUUGGACUAACCCUUUUCUCCAGAGUUACAUGGCAGCAGUCCAUCUUUGUUUAUCAAGGACCGUAUCCGACCGCAGCUUUUCCCAGACCCUCCCAUUCCAGUCAGCUGCAAGGGGCCGCAGACGACUGCAGAGUGAAGAGUUUGAGCUGACUCAGCGAUUUGCAGUGGGGCUAGUCUUCCAAAGCACGGCUCAACGUCAGAGGCUCCAUUCACUUUCAGAGACGUCCAUUGGGACUCGAGUGGCCAGCAAGCAGGCCUUAGUGACUAAACAUCUGGAAGGUCUUUCUUAUAGUAGCCUAAGUCCUGCACAGGUCCUUGAGGCUUGCCACUGUAUUUAUGAGGCGAGUUUUAUCCAUGAGGAGAGUAGCAGGGACACUGAAGGUGCACGGUUACUAACUCACCUGGCAGCAAAUCUUCCAGAAUUCCUGACAUUUCAUGGAGUUUUGCUUGGACCGCCAGAUGUGUUUACCCUGCAGAAAGCUCUUGAACGGGCUGCAAGUGAAAACAGAAGCUUCUCUUUGGAUCUCGAGGCCUCGUGGAUUCAGAUCCGUGGACUCCGAACUCUAGUGAGCCUGUGCAACAUCAAGACAUACAAGGCAUGCAUUGCUGACGUUAUCACUCUCUGGAGGCUGCUGGAGCAAAAUGGUGAAAUGGAGCUCCUACAGGGGGCCGUGUCCAAGUUUGAGAUCCACCCACUGAAGGCCACGCAGGUGUGCCACAUUGAAAAUCUGGCAAGCCUCGUGGAUAUACAUCAAAAGAAGAGACUAUCAGACAGUUCCAACCAGUCACUGUCAAUCCUGGCAGAAGGAGUACCAGCUGUCAAACAGCUGCAAAAGCUGGAGCUUGCGCUCGGUCCUGAGAAAUGCCCCAUGGCUCUUCUGACGCUAUGGGAACUCCUGCCUGGUCUUCAGAAUCUGCAACACUUGGAUUUAGAGAACUGCAAGAUAGGGGACAAAGGAACAGAAGGGUUGAAACAUGCAUUGGUCUCACUCCGCUCCCUUCAGAUACUCAAUUUGUCACAGAAUUGCGUCGGAGACCAGGGAGUUAAAAACCUCGUGACUGCACUGAUCGAUCUGCCCAAACUCCAGUGUUUAAGUUUGUACAGCAAUGUGAUUUCUGACGAAGGGGCCGAGAGUUUAGCAGCUGCCCUCCCACACAUGAAGUCCCUGACUGACCUUGAUGUGAAAUACAACAAGGUAACAGACGUUGGAGCGCAGAGCUUGGCAGCUAGUCUGAGGAACUGCACUAAAAUCAAGACUUUGAGGAUGUGGAAUCAGUGUAUUCCAUAUGGAGUUUUUGACAGACUUCAGCAGCAGGACAGCCGCAUCCUCUGUCAUUAGAAUAAGAAUCAAGAUCGUUUGAAUAUGUCUGCAGGAGGAAGUGUUUUCUUUUGUUCAUGUGUCUCUGAACCCUCUUGACUUGUACUUUACAGAUAACAGCCCUGACAUUAAAAGUGUGGAUCUUUGUUUUUUCUUCAUUCAAUGAUGCACUUGUCAACAUCAUGCAUUACAUUUAGUUUAGUUUUUUUUUUUUUUUUCCUCAAAGUAGUAACAGUAACAAGAAUGACAGAAAUAAUGUACUAUGGCAAUGUAUCCUCUGCUGUAUUGAUCAGUUUGUCAAAAAUAUGAGACUGCAACGAAGGAAGAAGCAAUGCUGCACCAGACAACCUGUGUGUGUUUGUGUUCAUAAUUCAAAACCUACAUUUGCACUAUUCACUUUUUUAUGUUUGAUGUUUUUGUUUUGGGUCUCUGACAAUUGAAUAAAUAUUUCUUUGUGACAUCAAUGUCUGAAAUAUCUGCUGGAACAAGCUGUUUUUGUAUUGUUUGACUAUAAAUUUUCUAUCACUUUUGCACUUUGAUAUAAAUAAAAUGUCUCAUGUGACCUGAGCCUA